AUGGCGUCGUUCGAUGCGGCCGUCCUACUCGCUUUAAGCGACGACAGUUCUUCGAGUAGCAGCUCAUGUAGCUCAAAGGAUAGCGACAGUGACGACGAAACAACGCAAAACAUGUACGAAAUGUUAUACAGACGUGCGUUUGCUACACUUCCGUGCAAGCGUCCGAAGAUCGCAGGAUACAUUGACAACGUAGUGCACCGGUACUCUGAUGAAGAGGUACGUGGGUAUGCCGCAAACAAGGCGUGCAUCAGAGACGUGGCAGGCCGUUUCGGACUUGGUGAGACAACGACAUUCAGAAGUAUUGAGCGUGUAAUGGAGUUUCUUGUUAAGGUGGCCCCAACUGUCAUCAUAUUCCAUGACGAUCUUCGAAAGCUGGCAACAGAGUUUGAACAGGGAAAAGCAACCGUGUCAGGCGUGCCCAGCACUAUUGGAUGUAUUGAUGGCUCAUACAUCAGCAUUCGCUGCCCAGCACAUAAAAUCCGGUCCACGUACAUAAACAGACACAUAUACAUAUCGCUCACACUGCAGGCGGUAUGUGAUCAUGAGAAGAGGUUUCUUGAUGUAACUAUAGGACACCCAAGUAAAGUGCACGACGCAAGAAUUUUCCGCACUUCCAGGCUGGCCAAAAAGCUUCCCUUGAUCUGUGCUCCUGGGAAUUAUCAUAUACUUGGGGAUGCAGCUUACCCGCUCCGCGAGUAUUUGCUCACACCGUACAGAGACUAUGGCACCCUAACAGAAAGUCAGCGCACCUUCAAUGCAAAAUUUUCAGCAACAAGAGUGCGCAUUGAGAAUGCAUUUGCAGACCUCAAGGGAAGGUUUUGGCAACUUUUACAUGUUGACUUCUUUCUCGUCGACAAAAUGAACAAGUUCAUUAUUGCGUGCUGUGUUCUUCACAAUUUGUGUAUCAAAGCGGGUGACACUGAUGUGCCACCCUCAAACGACGAUUGCACUUCGAGUGACUGUGAAUGGCUAAGGGCACCUGAGGACAGUCAGAACUUUGACGCUGUGACAGCCACGGAAGUCCUACUGCGCCGCCGUGGGGAGCCCAAAAGGGAUAGAGUGAGGCAUGCCAUGGGCUUGUGA